AUGCCCGUCCCAGCACGAGUUCAACCAGGAAAGAACAUUUGGGUAGCUGCAGGUGAUGGCGAUUUAGUUAGGGUUCGGGUACGUAACUCGUCUUCGCUUACGUUCACAUGGUCAGGUCUGAUCCGGUCCCUCCCAGCCACGUCGCCCAAUGCUCCUGAUGAAUUCACGUAUACUCCCAUGCACGCUGCGGCCUCAUACGGGCAGCUUGAGACCCUCGCGUACCUGUUCUCUCAAGGAGGAGACGUUAAUGUCACCGACGAAGACGGGGAUACACCGCUAUAUGCUGCUGAAAAUACCGAGACGGCACAAUGGCUAUUGGACCACGGAUCCACAUUAGACCAUCAGAAUAAUGAUGGUGUCUCCCCUGUUGAACAUUUACAAGAGAACUUUCCCGAAAUUGCUGCAUACCUGCAGUCGCGCCUAAAUCCUUCCUCAUGUGUGAUCCCUGGGGCGGUGUCGCCCUCGCGACCUUCUCAAUAUCAGCAAGACAUCGCAACAGAGUCUCUCACGUCAUCGCUUAUGCAGUCUGUUCAUGAUAUCAUGCAGCGGUCUGAAGCAGACGGCAGGGAUCCUGAUGAGGAGCUGAGACAAGUCGUUGGCAGAAUAGUGUUUGAAGGAGUUGUAGCAGGGUAUGACAUGACAACGGAUAGUAGUGACGCUGCGCAUCUUUCCGAAGCUAAUGGGGUCAAGAGACCUCGAACGGAUGGUAGUAAUUAA